AUGCAAGACCUCCCCCCGCCUGCCACCUCCACCUCUUCCUCUGACAUACAUAUACUCAUCCACGAUGACCCUUCGGACCACAUAUCAGAAAAGCAUACCCCGCUGCUUGCACCAAAUUCAUCCUCCUCUCCCUCUUCACGCCGCUCCUUGGCAUUUUGGCUCAUCCUUUAUUUUUGCUUCAACCUUGGACUCACCCUAUACAACAAGGGCGUCCUCAUCCACUUUCCUUUCCCAUAUACCCUCACUGCCCUCCACGCUUUCUGCGGGACCGUAGGAGGGCUCACAUUGCUGAGAAAUGGUACAUUCGUGCCCGCUAAACUCUCCGACGCAGACAACUUGGCGCUCGUGGCCUUCAGCGUAUUAUACACCAUCAACAUCGCCGUCAGCAACGUAUCUUUGCAUUUGGUAACCGUUCCAUUUCAUCAAGUAGUCCGUGCAGCCACGCCGGUUUUCAUUAUUUUGCUCUCCAUUUUCUUGUUUGGCACCCGGAGUAGUAACCACAAAAUGAUAUCCCUAAUCCCCGUCAUGGCUGGCGUCGGUUUUGCGACGUAUGGAGAUUAUUCGUACACGACUAGCGGACUCGUUUUAACCGUACUGGGAACAGUGCUUGCUGCCAUUAAGACAAUCUACACUUCGGUCCUACAAUCGACUCCGUCGGCGACCUCUCCGCAGCCCCGCGUAAAUUUUGUCGUUCCUCCACGGUUACAAUUGCAUCCGCUGGACCUGUUGACGCGGAUGGCGCCGCUCGCAUUUAUUCAGUGCGUUUUCCUCGCAUACCUCACGGGUGAAUUAUCCCGCGUGCGUAUAUGGAGUUUAGACGAGAUGACGCCUAUCAAAGCGGCGCUGCUAGGGAUUAAUGGCCUGAUUGCGUUUGGGCUCAAUAUUGUGAGUUUUACGGCAAAUAGGGCGGCAGGCCCGUUGAGUAUGACCGUUGCUGCCAAUGUGAAACAAGUGCUCUCUGUUUUUUGUGCGGUCGUUUUAUUCAAGCUUACGAUAACGCCGACGAAUGCGCUUGGCAUCCUUCUCACGAUCGCCGGUGGAAUGUGGUACGCAGCCGUUGAAUAUCAAGAAAAGCGAGGUAGAUGGAGAAAGUAG